CGUAUGCUUUCAGUGUCUUCAAACGUCACUGGAGUAGUCUGAAGCUUCUAUGGAGGCCUGUUAAGAAGAUCCAGGUCUGGUCUUCAAACUGAGCAGCACAGAUGAGAUUCUUGUUGUCUUCUCAAGUUUUUUGGUGGUGAUGAGUAGACUUGGCUUUGGGGUUCUUGAAUGUAGUGGAUCCUCUUCCUCUUGCCUCUGCACCCGAAGCUGAGCACGGUGGAUUAAAGAGGCUGGCGGGUGCAGAGGCCCGUCUAUCUUUCAUCUGCUCCUACGCCCAAACAGCGACGGAAAGGGAUUGUAUGCUUUUGGUAAUUCUGAAAACCAAAGAGGCUGGUAAAGGAAUAUUUUUAUGAGGCACAUGUUAAUAAAGAUGGGCCAGGACCAAACAAAGCAGCAGAUUGAGAAAGGGCUCAAACUUUACCAGUCAAAUGAGACAGAGAAAGCUCUGCAUGUCUGGAUGAAGGUUCUGGAGAAGACUACAGAUCCUGGGGGAAAGUUCAGGGCUUUAGGUUGCCUGAUCACAGCACAUUCAGAGAUGGGGAAAUACAAAGAGAUGCUAAAGUAUGCCCUAGCUCAGAUCGAUACAGCACGAGAGAUGGAGGACCCAGACUACCUAACCGAAGGCUACCUGAACCUUGCCCGCAGCAACGAGAAGCUCUGCGACUUUCAGAAGACUAUUUCAUACUGCAAGACCUGCUUAAACAUGCAAGGCACCACUGUGAGCCUGCAGCUCAAUGGCCAAGUGUGUUUGAGCAUGGGCAAUGCCUUCCUGGGCCUCAGUGUCUUUCAGAAAGCCUUGGAGAGUUACGAAAAGGCUCUACGGUAUGCACACAAUAACGAUGACAAGAUGCUGGAGUGCAGGGUUUGCUGCAGCCUGGGCAGCUUCUACAUUCAUUUAAAGGAUUAUGAGAAGGCCCUGUUUUUUCCGUGCAAAGCAGCUGAGCUUGUCAAUGACUAUGGGAAAGGCUGGAGUCUCAAGUACCGUGCCAUGAGCCAGUAUCACAUGUCAGUGGCCUACAGGAAGCUGGAGCGUCUGCCAGAUGCUAUGGAAUGCUGUGAGGAAUCAAUGAAGAUAGCUCUGCAGCAUGGAGAUCGUCCUCUGCAAGCCAUGUGUCUCCUGAAUUUUGCAGAUAUUCAUCGAUGCCGCAAUGAUGUUGAUAAAGCAUUCCCUCGCUACGAGUCUUCAAUGUGUAUAAUGACAGAGAUUGGCAACCGCCUUGGACAAGCAGCCAUCCACUUAGGAGUGGGGAAGUGUUGGCUACAGCAGAAGGAGCUGGACAAGGCACUGAAUUCUUUUCAGCGUGCAGACGAACUAGCAGACGGAACAGGAAACAAGCUGUGUUCUCUAAAGGUACACUGCCUGUUAGAGGGCAUCUACCGUAGCAGGGAGCAGCAGGAUGAGCUCAGAGAGCACGUGGUGAAGUUCCUGCAAUGUGUAGAAGAGCUGGAGCUCUACUGUGGGAUGUGUGGCGAGUCAAUCGGGGAGAGGAACCAGCAGCUCCAGGCUUUGCCUUGCUCCCACAUCUUUCACCUUAAGUGUCUGCAGACAAAUGGGACACAGGGAUGCCCAAGAUGUCGCCGUUCAUCCAUGAAGCCAGGUUUUGUAUGAGGUGGAUGUGAUGUUCUUCUCUGGACUAAGUUACAUAUCGACGUGGCUCCAUUUGAGAACAAGACGGAACUGUUCUCUACCAGGAGACACAAAAAUGGAACAAAUGGAGUGUGUUCAAUUCCACCCUGUUCAGUUCACCUGGAAUUCAUAUCAAGACUGAACACACAAGGAAAAAGCCGUAAAGGAGAGCUCCAACCACAGAUGUGUACAGUUCGUGCCAUGAGACUUUGGAGAGGAGCUUGAUAUCUGUGUUCGCCCUAGUGGGCUAGCUGGAGGCAACAGCAAAAAAAACUAAAGAUGAGACUAAGGGGUCACUAUACAUAUCAUCUUGCUAUGUCAGUGUACACUGGCUAUGUGGCACGGAUCAUGUUUUCAUGGAUUCAGCUGGGAUUUGAAUUAUUAAGUCAUGCCAUGUUUGGCAUCUGUAAAUUGAAAAAUGUAGAAUUGAUGCGGAUUGUUUUCAUACUAUAAUAUAUUAUUAUUUCCUGGCUACUGUAUAUAGCUCUAACAAACCAUCUACAUUUAAACCUUUGAA